AUGCCGGCCAAGGUGCCGAAGACUCAGCUGCUGCUGCUGCCUCUGCUGCAGCAACUGCUGCUGCAACUGCUGCUGCAACUGCUGCUGCAACUGCUGCUGCACUUGCUGCUACUGCAGCAAGCGGCAGCAGCAAUGGCAGCGGGGGAGGCGGACCCCUCUUCUGCUGCAGCAGUUUCUGAGGAGGACCCCGAGGAAGCAGCAGCAGCAGCAGCAGCAGCAACAGCAGCAGCAGCAGCAGCAGGGGAGGCGGACCCCUCUUCUGCUGCAGCAGUUUCUGAGGAGGACCCCGAGGAAGCAGCAGCAGCAGCAGCUGCUGCUGCUGCUGCUGUUGAAGCGCGUAAGACACGAGAGGUGUUAGAGGCGCUGCCGCUGCUGCAGACACUGGAGGGUUUGCUGCAGCGCCACAUGCAGCAGCUGGAGCGGCACAGGGGAGGCGGACCCCUCUUCUGCUGCAGCAGUUUCUGA